UUGUUUACGUUUCUAUUUCAAAUUGCCUACUUUGAAAAUGACACGUUUUCAAAGACAGACAUUAGAUUUUAAACUCUCAUAAACAUAAAAGCUGCACCUUUUGACAUGUGAAGCCAACUGCUCAAAUUCUGAACGUAAAUAGCAGAAUAUCGUAGUUAAUAUAGACGACGGUGUGACGAUGCUGAAGUGGUGGCAGGUGGGAAGAACGCGCGAAAAAGUCUUGACCAGCGUGAGAGAAUAAACAAGAGCUUAGCUAGUUAGCGACAGGUCUUUAGACAGAUAUUGAUUAUUCAGGCGGAUUUCUUGCUGUUUUGGUGCUUGCUUCACAAUUAUGGAGGACCAGAAGGAGAACAUAUUUGACACAGACAAAAAUGUGAAAUUGUCUGCUGACCCAGAGGAAGACGAUAAUUCUCGUGUAAGUUGCGACGAGCUAACGGCUAAGGCCUGCAACAGGAGAUGUGGCCUUAAGGAAGACGUCGAAUCCCCUGCUCCCCCCAUCAGAGGCGAGUUUAGCGACCCUGUAUAUAAAGAGAUUGCCUUAGCCAACGGCCAUAUCAACCGUAUGAAUAAAGAUGAGCUGCGGGCGAAGCUGGCAGAUCUGAAACUUGAUACAAGGGGGGUAAAGGAUGUGCUCAAGAAACGUCUGAAGAGCUACUACAAGAAGCAGAAGCUGAUGCAGUCAGUGUUGGAGGGUGGGCCCACAGAUACCUACUAUGACUACAUCUGUGUGGUGGACUUCGAGGCUACCUGUGAGGAGAACAACCCGCCUGACUUCCUGCAUGAAAUCAUCGAGUUCCCCAUGGUCCUGAUCAACACACACACCCUAGAGAUUGAAGAUACGUUUCAGGAGUAUGUAAAGCCAGAAGUGAAUUCACAACUCUCUGACUUCUGUGUGCAGUUAACAGGAAUAACACAGGAAAUGGUGGAUAAAGCAGACACUUUCUGCAAUGUCCUUCAGAGGGUUGUGGUCUGGCUUCAGGAGAGGGAGCUUGGGACCAAAUACAAAUACGCUGUUCUGACAGAUGGGUCCUGGGACAUGAGUAAGUUCCUGAACAUUCAGUGCCGUGUCAGUGGCAUCCGAUAUCCACAGUUUGCUAAGAAAUGGAUCAACAUCCGAAAAUCCUAUGGCAACUUCUACAAGGUUCCCCGCACACAGACCAAGCUGAGCAGCAUGCUGGAGAAGCUGGGCCUUCAUUAUGAGGGGCGGCCUCACUGUGGACUCGACGACUCCCGCAACAUCGCCCGCAUUGCCCUGCGCAUGCUUCAGGACGGCUGUCAACUCCGCGUCAACGAGCGCAUACAUGCUGGACAACUACUGAAUGUGCCCAGCUCCGCCCCUGUGGAGGGGGCCCCACCUCCACACAAUCCACGCUGCAGGAACUAGUUCCUCCUACUGUGCGCGCAGCCUCCCUCCCACAGACACAUAUGCUCCGUCAUAAUCAGGGACUCAUGCCACAAGGCCUUAAAUAGAGGGAGGGGGGGUCUUAAAACUUUUUGUUUUUUUUCCUCAAAGUUGUAUUCUCUACAUAGCUUGAACUUAACUUUGCACUUUUCCCUGCAAUUUAAUGGUGGUCAGACAUUAUUGUUCUUGAUUCAGUACUGUACUCAUGUUUGUACAACACUUAAUACAUACUUCCUGUGCACAGCAGGUGUGUUUGUGGAAGCAGUGAAUGCUGUGGACAUGACUGUGUGCCACACUAUCAUGAUCAGUGUGUCCACAUUUCUAGGGAAGUGAGGUAUUCUGAUAAUGCAGACAGCUUCACAUAUCACUGUCGGAUUUGUGCCAUUUCACUAUAUGUUUUGGUAGAGCACACAUCUCCUUUUAAUUGCACAGGUUACCUUUGGCUGUUUGCCUGUUUCUUGCUGUUUUAUUUUAACUUAGUCGAUCUUCUUUUGACUGGCAAACAAACCUGGGUUUCACUGCCUCUUUACCUCUAAAAAAAAAAUGCUGUCUCAGCAAACCUCCUUCCUCUCUGACUGACUGAGAACCUUUGGCUUCUGGCCUUAAAUGCCCACCUUUUACUCUGUAUUGUCAAAGGUAGGCAUUGGUUUGUCCACCUCCUGGAGCCACAGGUACAAAAGCAUUGAAAGGCAGUUUCUACAGUGCUUUUUUCUGCCCUUAGGAUGUGGUAUCUACAGUGUCUUACUUCAGGAUAUGGAAGAGCAGACACUGUGAAUCUGCUAUAAAGGUGCACCCUGCUGUGUUCCAUAUAGGACUCAUAAAGCUGUUGUUCUUUUUAAAAUGCACUUAGAAAAAUACCAGAAAAUGAGAAGUGUCCAUUUUAAGUGGUUUCUUUUAAUAUUUAUUUUGAAAAGCUCAAACUGUUGAUGGUGGGGAAAAUGAAUCAGCAGAAACAUACAUUGGUUGUUUUAUACUGUUUCAAGUGCACAGGUAGAAGUAUGUAUGAGAUUUCGUAUGGCGGUUGGACAAAUUGGAUGUAUGAGGAGUUGUUAUGGUCAGAUUUACUCUUUUAUUAUAAAACCAAUAAAACUAC